AUGGCCAGUGCGCCGGCGCUGCCCGAGCUCUACCCGGCGGCGGCGGCCCAAGCUCUUCCCGGCGGUGGCCCGAGCCCACCGCCGUGCCCUACCCAACGCGCCCCUCCUCGCCGGGGCCGCAUCCGCCGCAUGCCACCUUGCCGCCACUCCACCACAGUCACGGAGCCCCAGUCGCCGGCGCCCCACCGAAUGCGCCCCUCCUCGCCGGUGCCACACCCGCCGCACGCCACAUCGCCACCGCCCCGCCGCACCCAUGGCGCCCCAGUCGCCGGCAUCCCACCCAACGCGCCCCUCCUCACCAGUGCCACACCCGCCACACGCCACAUCGCUGCCGCCCCCACCUGCCGCGCCGCCCCACCCACGGCGCCCCAGUCGCUGUCGCACCACCCGUCGCGUGCCACCUCGCCGGCACUCCGCCCGCCAUGCGCCACCUCCCUCGAGCAUAUGCGUGAGAAGACGCUUGUGACCUUCCGGAUGGCGCCGAAGGAGUCCAAGCGCCAAAUGUCCGAGAAGGAGGCAACUAUGGCUGAUGGGUGGAAGAAGAGUAAGUUCCUUGGUCCUGCGCCUAAGCAGAGGCAGGUGGUUGAGGAGAGGACUCCUGCUGCUGCUGCCGCUUCUUCUGAUGUGGCGGAGUCUUCGAGGAGGGCUGGUGGGGCGGGAACGCAGCAUUCGGAGGAGAUCCCUAUUGGUGAGCCCAUCGUACCUCGUUAUAAUGGUUCGAAGGUUCUUCCAGUUGCUCAGCUUUUUAACACGAGUAUGACAGCAGGAGCUUCGCCAGAUGUUGACGAGGAGUCGAGUGAUAUCCUUCUGGAGGAAAUUAGGGCAUCUCCUCCUCCUUUUGAGUAUUAUCAUGGCGAGCAGCUUGAGGAUGAUCCGCAGUUGACGGCUGAGAACAUGAAGAAGUUACAGGCCGUUGUGCGGGAAUUCACCAAGUUUUCUGUGCAAAUGGCCAAUCGGUCAUAUUUGAAGUCUCAGAAGCUGAAAGCGACUGAGGUGGAUCGCCAGAAGAUCGCUCUGUUGGAGGCGGAGAAUGCUGCUUUGAAGAAGGACAAAGCCGCGCUCGAGCAGAGGGUCAGGAUGCUGAAGGAGGUGAUCCAGAAGAACCGAGGUGACCCUUUGUCCUGA